AUGUCAGUGUUGAAUAAUUUUACUGUGUCGAUUGCGAAAGGAUUGCGCCGUCUAAGAAGCAAAGAAGUACCAGCCCGUCGUCAGCAUGCAUCUAAAGAACAAAAGCUCAAAAUGGAAAAAUGCCUCAUUGUUUCAAAGGUCACCAGAUAUGAAUAUGAAAAGCACAGUCACGACAACAUAUCGAAUUGGGAGCUAGAGAAGAUACUACGAAAUCGUGGAUCUGACUAUGACUCCAUGGUAUCGAAUCAUAAAGAACAGAAAUCCUUUGAAGAGGGAGUGGCCAAGGCGUUAAAAGAAAUGGGAGUUAAAGUUGAAAUGGCUAGUAGGUUAACAUAUAACGAAGAAAUGAUAAAUUGGUGCGACGCAGUUGUUCCGUGUGGUGGUGAUGGGACCUUCCUGCUCGCCGCUUCAAGGGUCAGGGACGCUAAUAAACCAGUGAUAGGUUUCAACAGCGCGCCGCAUAAGUCCGUGGGACGCCUGUGCCUGCCCACCUGGUGUUCCAAUGAUCUCAAGGGUGCGCUACAAUCUUUAAAGGAGGGUAAGUUUCGUUGGAUGCGUCGUUCACGGAUACGUACGACGAUCACGAGCGACCAGAAACUGUUGGAUACGAUCACGCCCGUUGAUUUGCACACUCUGCACUUUUGUAGAUAUCCACCCGUGUCCCACCAAGAAGACAAUCACGAAGGGGCGACGAGACUUAAAGACCCUCAGGAGGAGAGUAAAUGUAGUUUAGCCACAAAGGUGCUGCCGUUUUUAGCUCUAAAUGAGGUAUUUAUUGGGGAGAGUGUGACGUCGCGGGUGUCUCUUCUCCGCCUGAAGAUAGAUGAUGGGAAAUGGGCUCAUACUAAGAGUUCCGGACUCUGCGUUACAACCGGAACCGGAAGUACGUCGUGGCAUUACAGCAUAAACUGCCUCAGGACCCACUCAGUACUGGAGCUGAUGAAGAUCCUCCACGAAGAGUACGGGGCCGAUCUGGACACGUCUUUGGAGAAGGCUCGCGAGGUCACCGAGAAGUACAAUACCAAGUUAAUGUUUCCCCCAGACUCCGAGCAAUUAGCGUACUCCGUCCGCGAGUACAUAACCUUCGAGGAAUGGCCAGCUCCUCGAGGACUCAGGGUCAGGGACAGGGCCGAAGCCGUCACCGUUCGGAGCCACUGCACUGAUGCCGGCUUAGUAAUAGAUGGGAGCGUAUCAUUCCCUUUCAACGACGGCACCCAGGCGCUGUUGGAGAUUCAUCCCGAAGACUCGCUUAUGACAGUUCAAAUGGAUGACGCAUUACCUUUUUAA